AUGAAUCAACAAACAACUGCUGCAGUUCGAACAUCAGCCGGAUGUACAACACCGUUUGAAGUGGUAACUGGAGUAAGGCAAGGGGCAGUGACAGGACCUUUCCUGUUCAAUUUCGCAAUCGACGAUAUUAUGCGAAGAACAGUCGACCAGUGUCCUGCCGACAUUGUCUCACCAUCAGGGUGCCCCUUGACUGACCUCGAGUACGCCGACGAUGUUGUUAUAUUCGCGGAAAGCAGUACGAAACUUCAGCAUGUUGUCAACCUUGUAUCGAAGCUGGCUGCAGCCUAUGGACUACGCCUACGCCCUGAUAAAUGCAAGCAGAUGUGGAUCUCUUCGAGACCUCGAACGGGAAUCAGGGUGGACGGACGACCGAUAGAACUCGUCGAUGAGUUCUGUUACCUAAGCUGUACGCUGAAGAACAAUGGCAGCUAUGAAAGAAAUGUUCAGUAA